ACUCGGUAUUCCAAAAAUCAUACAGCGGCCCUUUUCCCGCCCACUUCAAAUCACACCCUUCUCUUCUCAGUCACGUAUCUCCUAUUCCGACGGCCUUCUUCUCCCGCCGUCGCCGCCGCAAUGGAGGGAGAAUUCGACAUGGAUGUCACUCUUCUCUCCAAAAUCCAAUCAUCCGUCCAACUCACCGGAGUUCACCGCCUUUUCGUCGCUCACCUCGACGCUUUCACCCCUUUAUUGAAACCCUCCGCCACCGGUGCUGCCAAAAAGCCGGGGAGAUCGUCAAAGAGUAAACCUCCAAACGACGUUCCUUCCGUCCGUUCCCUGGCGAAGCAAUAUUUGUCGUUCAUACACAAGUCACUCUCAAUUCUGCCCAAACGGCUUAGCGAAUCCCCGAAAAUUGCUCUUGACUGUGCGCUGGAGUUGUUUCCUAUUUAUCGACUGUGCUUGGACUGCCUUGAUGUGAUAGCACCGGAGCUCGCCGGAAAACCUUUCUCAGUUCAGAUACAGAGGAUUCGGUACAUGCAUUGUUUGGAGUACUGGGAGUUGUUCAAAGAGGCGGAAGCGGAAGGUUAUUUUGUGCUCGAGAGCUUGAAUGUGAUACUUGGAGGGGGAUUAAAGGGGAAUUCGAGAAAAUCAAAGGCUCGAUUGGUUCCUAAGUUAAAUGAGGGCAAUGUUGAUCGUGACGCUGCGCCUGUAAUUUUGGAAGUCGUUGUUACUUUAGUAAAAUGCACUUCCAAGAGGAUGAGUAAAUCAGCUGACGAUUACCGGAGAGUCAUGUCUCUCGUGACUGAAUCCGAAUCAUGGUUCAAGAUAUUGGAUGCAAAGGACUAUGAUAAAUUCCACAAGUUUUUGGAGACAAAUUUGCAUAUAAUUACUAUAUUUUUGGUAGCUGAGAUAAAGUCUUUCAGCAUGGAUUUGAUACGUGAGUUCUCCAUGAUCACAUUGAAGGAGUACCAAAAAUCUUCUGCUCACGAUCAAAUGUACAAGGUUGCACUCAAAAUGUGUUCUUCUUUGUUCUCCCAGAGAGAUGAGCUGCCCAGCAAUACCAUUCUUGAUGUGUUAAUACAUGUGUUGGAUAUCAUGUCUGCUGAAUGCAAGGUUGGAGAGGAUAAAGUAAAUUUGGGAUUUAUGGAACUUGUGUGCUAUUGUGCAAAUAAAUGCCACAAUACAAAUAUUUUAUGUUUUCCAGUUGCUGAACAUUUGUAUAAAUUAGCUGGUGCUUUUCAUGAGGAUUUUCAAGUUAUGAGCUCUAUUUUGAGGCUAUACGUGACUGGCUUGUUGUCAAGUUCGUCAUGCAAUCAAUUGAAAGUGAAAGACAAAGAAAAAUGUAGAAAUGCUCCGUUUGGAUCUGAGUCCAAGGUUUUGCUUGAUGACAAAGUGCAUCUCCAACAAGUGGCUGCUUCUAUUAAUUUACUAAAUGGCCAAAUUGAUAUUGGUAGCAAGGAAAAGAAGUCCUAUAAAAGAGGCAGUUCCCUUUCACUUUCGUACUGGGAAGCUCUUAAAUUUUUGUGUGAAUCGCUAGCUGAAUCCAUAUACUCUAAUAGGAAAGAGUUUUUUUCAGAGGCAGAGAGGACUUCCUACUGGGAUGAUCUAGGUAUCAUCUACAAUGUGUUUGAUCAGUUCUCCAAUAUAUUUCUUCAUUGUCUAAGUGCAUCUGAGAGGGAGAAAGAAACAUCUGGAGAAAAUCACAGAGUGAUAUCUGUUGUUGUUGUGGCUGUUCUUAUGAUCUCAUUCAAAACAAGCCAAAAAAUUAAGGAAAGUACCCUAUUGGUGAAGCAACUUAUAUCAGCUGAGUGGGUUCCUGUUAAGCGACUGAAGUAUUUAUAUGUUUCUCUUAACAAUGUAGCUGUGAUAUUAAAUAGGAAAAAACGGCUGAAAGAGGCUACAAAAGCUUUAAAUUUGUGCUGUAGAGCCUCCUGGAAUUAUGUGGCAAAUAUUUGUAGAAUGCAUACUGACAAACAUGUUUCUAAUGAUGAUACAUCAGAAAAGGCCAUCAAAGAUUUUGUAAUGGAGGCAUCUGAAAAGAUUGUUUUUCUUGUGGAACUUAGUCGAGAAUGCAAUUGCAAGUUAAAUGGAAUCAUUAAAGAGAGCCUUAAAUGCUGGUUAGUUGCCGAAGAUUUGAUUGCUACAAUACCAGUUCCUACAUCUUUAGUAAAAGAGUGGGUAAAGAUGCAAUUUUCACUCUCAAUGGAUGCUAACAGAGAGCAUGGUAUACUGAUCUAUACGUUAUUACCAUCCUCUAAAGAAUUGUCUAGAAGGGCGCACGCAAAGAUAUUGGAAGAGGAGCUUCGUGCCUAUGAUGAAAAGUGCUACCUGAAUCCUAGCUAUUCUUUCAGAAUGCAAAUGGAAAUCAUUGAUAUCCUUUUAAAAGAGUGCUAUGCUAUGAAAGACGGCAGUGUUAACAUAUCCAGGAUUCUCAUUGAGAAGGGGAAGGUACUUAGAGCUCAUGGAGUAACACAAUUGAAGGAGUGCAUUCAGUGUCUAUCAGAUGCUAUAUCAGCACUGAAGUCAAUCUACUGUACAAAAAAAGGCUGCAAUUCUCAGGUUCAUCAUCUUCUCAUACAAGCUUAUAUUCUGCGUGCACUUUGUACCCAUGAAGCAGCACCAAACUCAGUGGUCUUAUCGCCUCGAAGCAACCUUCUUGAUGAUGUUGAUGCUGCAUUGAAGAUCCUCCUGAGCCAAGAUCAUGACCAUGCAAAUGGACUGUACCAUGACAUGCUGUAUUUGUGGUACCAAGUCAUUGAUUUAUUAUCAAUCAAGGGCUAUUUAGAACUUCACCCCAGCUUAUAUGAUGCUGUGAUCAAGCUACAUAAAGAGAAGAACUUACCCUUGACCAAGAUAAUAUCUGAGCUCUGGAAAAGCAGAAGGCUUAGUCAUGCUCUCUGUGCUUCACCUGUAAAUGAUAUGUUCAGCAGAACCUUUUCUAAGUACCAGAACCAACUUUUUAACUCUUCUGGAUUUUGGAAAAUGUGCAAGGAGGAGCUGAAGCCCCUUGUAGUUGUGUUCCAUCACACAAAUGAUGAACUUAAGCAAGUGGCUUCUGGUUUGACUUCUCAUGUUCCAAAAGCCAGUCAUUCCAUUUUUCUUUCAGCAAAUAUCCACCAUGAAUUGUCUGAAAGACUGAUAUCAUGUGGACAAAUGACCGAGGCUCUCACGCAUGCAAAAGAGGCUCUUCGCCUGCGUAGUAAACUGUUACGACAAAAUUUUGAGUAUUCUGUGGAGAAAAUAGCUGAAACAUUUGAGGAAGAUGGAAAGACCAUUGAAAAGAGUUGCUACAGUGUUCAAUCCUUUAAAGUUAAUAAUAUCGAGGCAACAAAAGGUUCUCGAUGUUCUGAAGAUUCUGUUGAGACUCCUUGGAAUGUGCUUAACUGUUACCUUGAAAGCAUAUUACAGGUUGGAUUUGUUCAAGAAAUUCUUGGAGACGUGUCUGAGGCUGAAAUGCUUUUACGCUGGGGUAGAAAUGUUUCCCAGUUUCAAGCUUUGCCACUUUUCGAAAUCGCUUUUUCUUCUAUGUUGGGAAAACUAUGCCGUAAGCAAAAACUUUGGGGCAUGGCUGAAGAGGAAUUGUUCAGUGCUAAGAGAAUCCUAGCUGUUAAUAAUGACAUCAUUUCCUGUAAAAGAUGUUCAUGCAUAUUGGAAAUUUCAAUAAAUCAGCAACUUGGAGAUUUGUUUUUGAGCUGGUCUUGCAGUACUGAAGAGUUGCCUUCUGCAAAGAGGCUGCUUGAUGCCCAGAAUUCCUACAAAUCAGCAUUAGUCAAGCUAAAUCUCUCCGAGCAUGGUAUUUCCUACUGUACUAAUGAUGGAAACAGGUCUGAGCAGGCAGCAUGCAAUGAGAGUUUCCCAAUUAGCUGUGCCCUCAAUCAUGCUGAAGUUAGUGAUUCUCUUCCCUGUGCUAUAUCUGAAACUAAGAUUCAACCAAGAAGAUCUAGGAGGACAAAGAAGGAAGUGAAAACUGCUUCAGAGAGUCAGGGCUUGACUUCUGGUAGUCGUAGGAUAACCAGGUCUAGUCGUUGCUCUUUAGAGUCAACCCAUAAGAUUGUGCCAGGUGACAGACAAGUUGACUCUGGUGCUUGUUUAGCCACUGCGCAUAUGUCUACCGCCACUGCUGGCUUUGAUCAUAAUGUUUCCAAUUCUGGUUCUAAAUACCCUGCAGCUGAAUUUCAACAAAAUGUCAAAUCUCUUUGCAGCAAACUGAAAUGUUUUCACUGCCUUCACAUUGAAGCUGCUGAUUGCAACAGCAUAAGUAACUUAAUAUGCAUGAACUGGGGGUUUGUUUACAGACGGGUUUCCUUAAGACUACUUCUCAGCAUAGGGAAAAUUACUGGAAUUUGUGAUAGUGCUCAUGAUGCACAUGAAAUUCUAUUGCAAGGAGUAUCAGUCCUGUUCAACAGAAAUUCAAAUUGUUCAAAGUAUUCUUCUGGUUCUCUUAUUGUCCUGAUUGAGUCAAUUGGGAAGAAUUUUUCUGGAGAUCUACUGGCAGUUGAAUGUGCAGCACUCGUGUACUACAUUUGCUGGUUCUCUUUGAAAUGCUAUUCUAAUCAUGCUCCCAGAAACAGUUGCUGUGAGCUCUCAGGCAUUGGUACAGAAAAAAUCAUUUCCUGGCUGAAGACAUCAUUUGUACUUUGUCGAGAAGUCCCAGUGUUGUUUCAAAAGGUAUCAAGAUUGCUUGCCACCAUUUAUGUACUUUGUACUUCAUCGAAGCAAUUUUCAUUAUCUCCACAUGAGGAGGGUUUUGAAAGUUGGUGGGCCUCGUUCUUUCAUCAAGCUUCACUUGGUACUCAUGUUAACCAACAUAUCGUAACUGGAAUGAUGCUGAAAACCCAAUGUCAAAUUACUUCCGAUUCUGAGGAAACUUUUCCCAACUCAGAAUCAACGAGACCGGAUGUACCUGAUGCACUCAGAUCUGCACCCGAGUCUUCUGAGGAUCUAGAAAAGUUUGCUCACAAGUUCUUUCAGGGUCUUCCGUCAACACCAGUCAUCUGCAUUAGCUUGGUUAGUGGCCUUGAUGCCUGUCUGUUCAGGCAACUCUUGCAUACUUCAGCCACAGUUAAAGCAUGGAUUUUGUUAUCCCAUUUGAGCUUAGAUGAUCAGCAUAUUGUUUUGCUGCCGAUAUGUACAACUCUGGAAGAAGCUUCGGAAGAUGAUGCCAGCUCCAGUUCUACGGUUUUCAACUGCAAAGAUUUUGUCAAGAAGUGGCAUUGUCCUUGGGUUUCAUCUGUGAUCGAUGACAUUGCUCCAGUGUUUAGACAUGUUUUGGAGGGCAGCUACUAUUCUUCCUCAGAGUAUUUCUUGGAAUCUAUAAAACAAAACUCAUCAUUGUGGUGGAUGCAGAGGAACAAACUUGAUGAAUGCCUCAGCAAGUUUUUGCAGGACAUAGAAGAUUACUGGCUGGGUCCUUGGAAAUAUUUGCUUUUGGGGGAAUGGCCCGAUUGCAACUAUCUCGACUCUGUCCAGAAGAACCUUUUUGAAGAUGAUGAGAACUUUUUGCAGCUUGUUGCAGCCAAAAAAUGUUAUGCUGAUCGUGGGCCUGAUGAAUCGUCUAAGUCAUCCACAGCAUGCAAAAAUAAACUCGAGUCCUUAUUCAGAAGAAUGCUCAAAAUAUCCGAUGAUGUUGAGGAAGUCGAAUGCUCAAAUGGAAAGCCAAUCAUUUUGGUUUUGGAUAUCGAGCUCCAGAUGCUUCCAUGGGAAAACCUUCCAAUAUUGAGAAGUCAGGAGGUUUACCGAAUGCCGUCUGUUGGUAGCAUCUUGGCAACGCUUGAAAGAUGCCUCCGCCAAAACCAUGAACAAUUCCAACCCUUUGUUCCAGCCUUCCCACUGAUAGACCCCCUGGAUUCAUACUAUCUGUUGAAUCCUGACGGCGAUCUGAAAAGAACACAGGACGAAUUCGAGAACUGGUUUAAAGAUCAAAACAUAGAGGGAAAGAUCGGAACUGUACCCACCAUUGAAGAACUCACCCGUGCUCUCAAAAGCCACGACCUCUUCAUUUACUUCGGCCAUGGAAGUGGUACUCAAUACAUCCCCGGGCAUGAGAUUCAAAAACUCGACAAGUGCGCCGCAUCCCUGCUCUUGGGAUGCAGCAGCGGCUCUCUUUUUCUUAGAGGAUGUUACAUGCCUCAAGGGGCCCCGAUUUCUUACCUCCUAGCUGGCUCGCCAGUUAUAAUUGCAAACCUAUGGGAAGUCACGGACAAAGACAUCGACAGGUUCGGCAAGGCAAUGCUGAAUGCAUGGCUGAGCGAGCGAUCGGAUGGAUGCUGCGACGAAUGCGGCGAGCCUAGGAAGUGCAUGCAUGGACGGAGACGGAGGGUUGGAUCGUUCAUGGGAGGGGCUAGAGACGCGUGCGCGCUGCGAUAUCUCAUCGGAGCUGCUCCGGUUUGUUAUGGAGUUCCUACUGGGAUAAUAAAAAGAAAGGACUCGAAGGUAUGAAUCUGGUUAUUUAUUUUUGUUUUGAGGUUUAGUUACUUUCCUUUCAAAUUUGUGUAUAGUAGAGAUGUCCUGAACUGAGUAGUAUGAUUUGUAUUGAUUUGUUGAUCUCAUCAUUCUUGCAUUUUAUAGCCACCCAAUAUUUGGCCCGAUUAGAUUUAGAACCCACCCUGAAUUGAA